CAGCAGCUGGAUUGUGCCUUGGAUUUGAUGAGGCGUCUGCCUCCCCAGCAGAUAGAGAAGAAUCUCAGUGACCUCAUUGACUUGGUCCCAAGCCUCUGUGAAGAUCUCCUCUCCUCUGUUGAUCAGCCAUUGAAGAUUGCUCGAGAUAAGGUGGUAGGAAAAGACUAUCUAUUGUGUGACUACAACAGAGAUGGAGACUCAUAUAGAUCACCCUGGAGUAACAAAUAUGAUCCUCCCUUGGAAGACGGUGCCAUGCCAUCUGCUCGCCUGCGCAAGCUGGAGGUGGAAGCCAACAAUGCCUUUGACCAGUACAGAGACUUGUAUUUUGAAGGUGGCGUCUCCUCUGUCUACCUCUGGGAUCUGGAUCAUGGGUUUGCCGGUGUGAUCCUCAUUAAGAAAGCUGGAGACGGAUCAAAGAAGAUUAAGGGAUGCUGGGAUUCCAUCCACGUGGUGGAGGUUCAGGAGAAAUCCAAUGGCCGUACUGCUCAUUACAAGCUGACCUCCACAGUGAUGCUGUGGCUGCAGACUAAUAAAACUGGGUCUGGUACCAUGAACCUUGGAGGGAGCCUUACCAGACAGAUGGAGAAAGAUGAGACCGUGAGCGACUCCUCUCCACACAUAGCCAAUAUUGGACGCUUGGUAGAGGACAUGGAAAACAAAAUCAGAAGUACACUGAAUGAGAUUUAUUUUGGAAAAACAAAGGACAUCGUUAAUGGGCUGAGGUCUGUGCAGACUUUUGCAGACAAAUCAAAACAAGAAGCUCUUAAAAAUGACCUGGUGGAGGCUUUGAAGAGAAAGCAGCAAAGUUAAAAUACUCUUCGUGCUAACGAGACACGCCAUGCACUCAUUAGAUUCCUUUCUUAGCGACCUCGUUCCCCCCCGCCCCUUUUUUCUGUUACGCCACAUCACACCUCGCAUUCAGUACUAGCCACGCACCGCACCGCCAUCUCCUCCCCAUGAAUAAAGCUGUACAAACUUUUUCAG